AUGCUGCGGGGCACGAGCCAGGCUGAUCCAUUAAGCAAGUCAUGGUGUGCAGCACUGAGUUGUGAUCGAAAGGCACGGGAGGCUUGCUGGAGUUCCCCACGAGGGAUGUAUAAAUUUACCACUACUGUUGUCAUCUUGUCAAAACAACAAUCAUUUGGCGCCAACUUCGACUGCGCACCAUGGCUACUCAAGAGACUCAAGACAAGAAGAGGAACAGUUUCUGAAGUUAGAACUAAUGAUGCCAGCAGUGUGGAGGUAGCAGAUGAUGCUGGGGAAGUGGCAGAGGCAGCCCAACAGAGAGAAGUGGUGACCGAGGCAGUGGGUGUUGAGGAGGAGGCACGUGCCACACCACUUCCAGCACCAGUGAUGUGGCACCAACAGGGGCCAGACUUGCCUGGUACAUCACUGGUGUAUGUGGAUGAGGAGGAGGUCAUCCACCUGCAGAAGAAAAGGAAGCUUGAGCUUGCACUCCUUGAAGAAUCUAUAAUGGCUCAGGAAAGGAAGCAAGAAGCAGAACAGGCUAAGUACAUGUAUGGGAGAGAAAAAAAAAAAACUACUUACAUGAGAAUAACACCAAUCUCAGCAGUCAUGACACUGGUGUCUCAUCACUCAUCAAUGCUGUAA